AUGUUGCUGUCAUAACAUCGAAUUUCUCCACUUUUGCUGGAGUCCUAUCAGGUAUAGCCAUUUUGUCUGGUCUUAUAUGUUUCGUGCUUCAUUUAUUCAAUCAGAAUUUGUAUGGAUCACAUCACAGACGUCACAGAUUUGGUAAUGCUAAUUUGGCCCCACCAAUAAUCUACUCGAGCGAUCCAGGCUUACCCUUGCCUAUCAUCGACCGCAGCGAGACGUCGAGAGCGUCUAGUCGCCGAACGUUCGCUAGCAUUCAGUCGCGGAGGGCUAGUAGUGCCCCAGGGUUCCGUGCUGGGGCCGUCCAUUCAGUAGCCGCUUCACGUGCAGGUUCAAGACGCCCCAGCAUAGCCUCAGUUCACAGCAUGAACUCUAUAAGAAGCUACAGCGCCCGUCGCUACGAGAGAGAAAGACAGCAGAAGGAGGACAAGGAGUUGGAAAGGAGAUAUUCGAAGAUGUCAGGUACAGGAACGAAUUCAACGAUGCGUAUUGGGCCCACUCCAAGUCCCCACUCUACGGACGAUCUCCUCCCAACUCUGGAGGAGGAUAAGCAGAUUCCUCCUCUAGCUGCCAAAGAGGAUUCAACGACUACUUUUUCCGAUGAAAUGCCCUCUACUUCCAAACAAUAUCCAUGAUGGACUGAUUCUAACAAUGGACUUCAAAAAAUUGUUUUUUUAUUUGCGUUUGUGGCCUACUUCGAUGGAGCAGUGUUGAAUGUUAUUCGUAUCAUCUAGUGAUAAGUGAUUAAAAAACAAAAAUUUCAUGUGCGUUCAAUGUUACACCACAAGGAAGUAUUCGACAUUUGAUUUCAUACUGAUGUACAGGGUGAUACAUAAGGUAAAGCAAUUUAUGUUUGUGAGUGAAGAGGAGAAGCAAGCAAUAUUUAUGAAUAUUGAAAAGUUUCGUAUUGUUCUGAUUUCUAUAUGUAACACAUGAAUUUACGGUUAUGUUAUCAAUUGAAUUUUUGUCUAUGUUCUUUCGUGCUCCAUUGGGAUCAAAACUGAAAUGUGACUUUCUGUUAGUCUAUAGUCUGUUUUUUUAAACAAUUCAUUUUGAUUUGGUACUUAGUGAAAAUCCAUAACGUAUUCAAAUUACAUUUAAUUAAGGAAUUUAAACUGAAAGUUUAAAAAACCUCAACACAUGUUUCACCAUACAAUAGCUUCCUCAGGCGUGUUCAGUAUGAACAGUCACAUGCCCAAAGAACAAAAAAUUGCAAAAAUCUAAAUGAAAAUAUUGAAGGUGCUUAACAUUUUGAUAUAUAAUAAUGUUCCAGAAUGUAGUGGGUCCUGUCAAAUAGUUGAACGUGGAAUUCGAGAAUGCAUUUGUGAUUGAGAACUCUUCAACUAUUUCUUAAAAUUUCUUCCAUUCUAAUAAUUUGAUUGAUGGUGUGAGAAUGUUGGGAAAUUUUGAACUACAAUAAAUGAUGACAGUACAACUUCUAGAAAGUCUAUGAUAGUUUUCACCUAUAUUGUUUGAAUUUCCACACGAAUAGAGUAGUUUUGCUGAUUUAUUUUACAUAACAGACACUUUGUACAAGGAACAUGCAGGAAAAACUAUAUUUGAAAGCUUCCCAUUUCCAUAAUUAAUAACAUUGAUUGAUGAUUUGAGUUUGACCUAUCUUGCAUCAACAUAUUGAAUGGUUUUCCUAUGAGUAUAAUAACGUUUCGUCCGCGUAUUAAGGGUCCAUCGACUCAAUUGGCAAAUCAAAUAAAAAUAGCAGAGAUGAUCUGAGACAAAGUUGACCCUUUUGGUACCCCGUAUCUGAUAUGUUCCGUACGAGAUAGACACGUCAGUUUUGAUAAAUCAUGUUCCUAUCUGACAGGUACGAUCAGCUGCAGGUACAUUGUGCUGGUAUUCGAAUAAAAAUUAUAUGAGUUCAGUUUUAUAAUUGAAAUUUCAGGGUUGAUACAAUCAAAUGCCUCGCCGACGUCUAUCAGACUAGCAUUGAAAGAUGAUGCAAUGCAUCGAUUGCAUGAGAAGUAAAUAAAAUCGAUCUAAAACCAUACUGUGCUUGCGUGGAAUUUGAUUUGAAGUGAUCUAUUACUUAGGCUUUUAUUGAUAUUUCAAAAAAAAGUAGAAAAUGAAAAUGCAAGUGGACAAAACUUUUGAAUAGAAAAAAAUGCUUUAUUCGUACAAUAGUUACAAUAAAUUCAUAUAUUCUACUACUUGGUCUUAGCUUUUUCUUUCCCAGUAAUCAAAAGUUAUCACAGAAAAUCCAGAACUGAUGCACUUUAAUAUCAGUUUCAAAUCAGAAGAUUGAGUUUUAUUGUUAGGAUAGAGAUCAUAUUCAUUCCACACAUCAUUAAAUAUGUUGUGAAGUGUAAUUAUUAAUAUACAGAGUGUUUAUUAAAUAUGCGGUAAAAAUCUAAGGGACUACUCCUUGGACUAUUCUAAAGGCGCGUCCACACUAUGUUGAAUGUGCUGAUCGACAACGGUCGAUCGACAAAUGUAGAGUCGAAUGUAACCCAAAUGAAAUGGAUCUUUCGACAGUUGAAUGAAAAUAAUUGUCAAGUGUGAAUGUGUAGAACGUGCCAACAAAGUUUUAAAUACGUAGUUUUGUGGAAACCUACAAUCACAUUGGUACUAAUAUGAUUGUGUUCCUAGCAAAGGUAAUUGUUUUAUUAUUGAUAUGAACUUCACAGAAGAGCAAACAUUAAGUUUUAUCGAGAUGUAUAGAAACCGCUUUUAACUCUGGGACUCUACAAAAGAAGACAAAAAAAAACAAGAACAAAAGGCACGACUUACUCACUGAAAUUGCAGUUUCUUUUGGAAUUGAAAAGGCAGAGGAUGAGAAAAAAAUAAAAAAUCUGCAAUCACAGUUUUCUAGAGAAAGGAAAAUAAAAAAGGACUCUCAAAACACAGGCAGUGGAAGAGAUGAAAUAUACCAAAGCAAGUGGUUCGCGUAUGACCGCGCAUGCAGUAGCAACAAGAGCAUCUUUAUCACUCAUUUUGUUUUUGUUUUGCUUGUUUCAUUGAAUAUAAUUCAUUUAGAAUAUUUCUCACUCACUCUCUUUUCACUCACUCUCUUCCCACUCAACUACUCAUAGUCGACCGAUGAAAUACGCCCACACAACAGUAUUAUGUGUUUGACAAGGCAACUUCGACCUUGUCGAUCGGCAUAGUGUAUUAAGGAUAUUUUGUCCUUUGAUUUCGACAAUAAUAAUUUAUUACCAAAAAUUACAUGUAAUGUUUUUUAAUC